AUGAGGAAACCCUGCUGCGAUAAGCAAGACACAAACAGAGGAGCUUGGUCCAAGCAAGAAGACCUCAAGCUCAUCGAUUACAUUCGCAAACAUGGCGAGGGUUGUUGGCGUACCCUUCCUCAGGCUGCAGGCCUACUUCGUUGCGGUAAAAGCUGUAGGCUAAGAUGGAUAAACUAUCUACGGCCAGACCUUAAAAGAGGCAACUUUGCUGAAGAUGAAGAAGAUCUCAUCAUUAAACUUCAUGCACUCCUAGGCAACCGGUGGUCGUUGAUUGCUGGGAGAUUGCCUGGACGUACAGACAAUGAAGUGAAGAACUAUUGGAACUCUCAUUUGAGAAGAAAACUUAUAAGCAUGGGAAUAGAUCCAAAUAACCACCGACCGAACACCAUUAAUCUCCCUCGCCCUCAUCAUAAAAACUCACAAGCUGUUAGCAGCACUGCAAAAUUGUCUGCAGGUUUGAAAACCCCAACGAAUGAUCAGCCAGCAAGAUCCGGUGGCAAUAAUUGUGACCAAGUAUCGGACGGUACAAGUUGCUUAGAGGAUGAAUCUUGUGGCCAUCAGCUGCCUGAUUUAAACCUUGACCUCACAAUGACGGCUCCUUUGUCUAAUUCAGAACCUGAAAAUCUAAAGGAGGAGCAAAAUCUUAUGUGUCUAAAAUGUCAUCGGAAUUUGCCUCGUCCACCAAUAUCCUUCCUCUCUUGA